CCUUCUGAUCUUUCUCUUCCAACUCGAUUAGUGAAAUGAACUGACAAAUGACAAUCCCACCAUUCACAAUUGAGCCUUCAGAAGUUCAGUAAUUCAGCUGUCGUCUUGAUCGAAACGUCUAGUCUGAAAACCUCAGAUAUCAAAAUGCUCGAGCCGAUCAGAGUGGUUGUCACCGGCGCCGCCGGACAGAUCGCAUAUUCGCUCAUUUACCAAUUGGCCAAGGGGGAUGUUUUUGGCGAGAACCAACCCCUUUAUCUUCACCUCCUUGAUAUCCCACCGAUGAUGGAAGUUCUGGAGGGCGUCGUCAUGGAGAUAUUCGACUGCGCUCUUCCAUUAGUCAAAGGAAUUGUGCCAACUACAGAUCUUUCAGUUGCUUUCAAAGAUGUUGAUGCUGCUUUUAUGGUUGGGUCUAUGCCAAGAAAGAAGGGUAUGGAGAGGAAGGACCUACUUUCUGCAAAUGUCAAAAUUUUCAAGGAUCAGGGUCAGGCACUCGAUAAAUACGCCAAGAAGUCAGUUAAAGUAUUGGUGGUUGGAAAUCCCGCUAAUACAAAUGCACUUAUGUGUGCUAAGUUUGCACCUUCGAUCCCAAAAGAAAACUUCAGUGCAAUGACAAGGCUUGACCAAAACCGGGCUCAGGCAGCAUUGGCCACAAAGCUUGGAGUGCCGGUUGAUCAGGUUAAAAACGUCUACAUAUGGGGCAAUCACUCAUCCACUCAGUUCCCUGAUGCCUUCCAUGCCUCAGUCAAUGGCAAACCAGUACCUGAAUUACUCAAGGAUGAUGCCUGGCUAAAAGGCGAUUUUGUCACUAAGGUUCAAACAAGGGGUGCUGCUGUUAUUGCAGCUAGGAAGAUGUCCUCGGCCAUGUCAGCCGCUAAGGCUGCUGGGGACCACAUGAGGGACCUCUGGCAUGGUACCAAACCAGGCACCAAUGUCUCAAUGGCAGUGCUUUCUGAUGGUUCGUACGGUAUUCGUCCUGGACUCAUGUUUUCAUUCCCAAUUACUGUCCAGAACAAACAGUGGAAAAUAGUGCAGGGGCUCGCACUUGACGAUUUCUCCAGGUCAAAAUUGGAUGUGACUGCCAAAGAACUUAUGGAAGAGGAGGAGGAAGCGAAGUCACUGUGUGAAGACUGACUAGAAAUUAAGGCUUCUGUCACUCAAUCAAAAUUGUAGAAUGAAUCAUAACAAAAUAUGCUUUCAAAACAGC